CUCAAUAUCCAAAUACCCGUCAGCCGUCACAAUGACUGGAACAGACUCUGGCCGCUUCGCGCCUAAGGUGCCUGUCCAACUUGAUCCUCCCAAGGACGACUUGAUUACCACGGAGGAGCUGGCCAAGUGUGAUGGCACUGAUCCCAGUCGUCCUACCUAUGUCGCCAUUAAGGGAAUUGUUUUUGACGUGAGCCGCAACUCGGCGUAUGGUCCUGAGGGGCAGUACAAAGUCUUCGCCGGUAAAGACGCCUCUCGCGCCCUGGCCUGCUCAUCCCUCAAGCCUGAGGAGUGCAGGCCUGAGUGGUACGAUCUCGAAGACAAGGACAAGAAGGUGCUAGAGGAAUGGUUCACCUUCUUCAGCAAGAGAUACAACAUCGUGGGGAAGGUGAAGGAUGCGAAGAACUACUAGGAUUGAGGAUAUUGUAGUUCCCUAUGUUCUUGGUGUUACUCCUGUGGUAUACCCGUUCGCGACUUGCCGCGUUAUUACGCUUUGGCUUUGAUCGCCCUCUUACGUUUUUCCUACUGCAAUUUAUGUGCUUCUACGGAGGCCGAAAUCUAUCUACGUGAAAUGACUUGAAACCUAUUGCAAACCCAUCGGAUCGACUCUGUACAAGCGUUGAUUAGGUGUCUAUAUGUAUAUCAUGUAAUGUAACUUUUCCUGCUCAGCUUCAUAAAACAAAAACUAGACCGCUCAUUUGCG